AGUCUACAUAACGACAUUUUACGACAAAGCCGUGCAUGGAAUUUCUGUUCUCCCCAGUGAGAUACCGGUUGGAGAAACGCAGUAGCAAGAGAGUACAGAGAAGGGUUAGCAAUCGUUCCCAUACCUGGCCCCGAUAAGAAUCCUGCAUCUUCUCUGGUACACAUACACCGAGCGGUUAGAUGUGGAAACAGGGCUGAGGAGAGAGCGACGCGAGGGAAGGCAACUAAAAAUUCUAACCCGGGUUGUGAAGUAAGUUGCCUUCUAAGCGGCGCUUUAAAAGGAAGCAGAAGAUAAUUGACCAAAACAACAGAGAAGAUGGACUAUGAUUUCAAAGUGAUGCUGACCGGGGAGAGAGAACGUGUAGAGGACCUGUUUGAAUAUGAGGGAUGCAAAGUGGGAAGAGGCACCUACGGCCAUGUAUAUAAAGCAAAGCGAAAAGAUGGGAAGGAUGAUAAGGACUACGCCCUCAAGCAGAUUGAAGGCACUGGCAUCUCCAUGUCUGCCUGCAGAGAGAUUGCACUACUGCGGGAGCUGAAGCAUCCUAAUGUUAUCUCACUGCAGAAGGUGUUCCUGUCACACGCAGACCGCAAAGUCUGGCUGCUCUUCGACUACGCCGAGCAUGACCUCUGGCACAUCAUAAAGUUCCACAGAGCGUCCAAGGCCAAUAAGAAGCCCCUGCAGCUGCCCAGGGGAAUGGUCAAGUCCCUGCUCUACCAGAUCCUGGACGGCAUCCAUUACCUUCACGCCAACUGGGUCCUACACAGAGACCUGAAACCUGCCAACAUCCUAGUGAUGGGGGAGGGGCCAGAGAGGGGUCGAGUAAAGAUCGCGGACAUGGGCUUUGCCCGCCUCUUUAACUCACCACUGAAGCCGUUAGCAGAUCUGGACCCUGUGGUGGUCACCUUCUGGUACAGGGCACCAGAGCUACUGCUAGGUGCCAGGCACUACACCAAAGCCAUCGACAUCUGGGCUAUUGGCUGCAUCUUUGCCGAGCUGUUGACAUCUGAGCCCAUCUUCCACUGUCGCCAAGAGGACAUCAAGACCAGUAACCCCUACCACCAUGACCAGCUGGACCGAAUCUUCAACGUCAUGGGCUUCCCCGCUGAGAAGGACUGGGAAGACAUCAAGAAGAUGCCCGAGCACUCCACUCUGAUGAAGGACUUCAGAAGGAACACGUAUACAAACUGCAGCUUAAUAAAAUACAUGGAGAAACACAAAGUGAAACCAGACAGCAAAGCAUUCCACUUGCUUCAGAAGCUGCUGACCAUGGACCCGAUCCGUAGGAUCACGUCUGAGCAGGCCAUGCAGGACCCUUACUUCCUGGAGGAACCUCUGCCCACCUCGGAUGUGUUUGCAGGCUGCCAGAUCCCCUACCCAAAGAGGGAGUUCCUGACAGAGGAGGAGCCAGAGGACAAGGCAGAGAAAGUCAGAAAUAAGAACCAGCAGCAGCAGGGGAACAACCACACCAAUGGGGCGGGACACACUGGUAACCCUGACAAUAGCCAUGCCCAGGGCCCGCCCCUAAAGAAGGUGCGAGUGAUCCCGCCCGUCACUACCUCAAGUGGCCUCAUGACUACAGACUACCAGCGCUCCAAUCCACAUGCUGCCUACCAGAACCCCGGACCAAGCACAUCACUGCCCCAAAGCAGCAUUGGAUACUCCUCUACCUCCCAGCAGCCCCCGCAGUACUCACACCAGACCCACCGCUACUGACCCCUGACCUUUACCCACCCCUCGCCAUGCCCGCUAGGGAGAAUGUACUAAGGGAAGUGGGUGUGUCCAUGGCAACAGCCCACCGGUCCACCCUCACUGCAGCAGUCCAUUAGCCCAGUAUGUUAAUACAAUAUACUCAUUCUAAAAGAACAUGACAUGAUGCAACAACAUCAGCCAUGACAGAAAAUGCCAUAACGCGACAACAUCAGCCAUGACAGAAAAUGACAUAACGCGACAACAUCAGCCAUGACAGAAAAUGCCAUAACGCGACAACAUUAGCCAUGACAGAAAAUGACAUAACGCGACAUCAGCCAUGACAGAAAAUGACAUAACGCGACAACAUCAGCCAUUACAUAACGCGACAUCAGCCAUGACAGAAAAUGCCAUAACGCGACAACAUCAGCCAUGACAGAAAAUGACAUAACGCGACAACAUCAGCCAUGACAUAACGCGACAACAUCAGCCAUGACAGAAAAUGCCAUAGCGCGACAUUAGCCAUGACAGAAAAUGACAUAACGCGACAACAUCAGCCAUGACAGAAAAUGACAUAACGCGACAACAUCAGCCAUGACAGAAAAUGACAUAACGCGACAACAUCAGCCAUGACAGAAAAUGACAUAACGCGACAACAUCAGCCAUGACAGAAAAUGACAUAACGCGACAACAUUAGCCAUGACAGAAAAUGACAUAACGCGACAACAUCAGCCAUGACAGAAAAUGACAUAACGCGACAACAUUAGCCAUGACAGAAAAUGCCAUAACGCGACAACAUCAGCCAUGACAGAAAAUGACAUAACGCGACAACAUCAGCCAUGACAUAACGCGACAACAUCAGCCAUGACAGAAAAUGACAUAACGCGACAACAUUAGCCAUGACAGAAAAUGCCAUAACGCGACAUCAGCCAUGACAGAAAAUGACAUAACGCGACAACAUCAGCCAUGACAGAAAAUGACUUCAAUUCAACCAUGAGCAACACAUGGAGACUAAACCAAGAGGAAGAUGGAGAAGGAAGAACAGAUGCUGUCAGUUUGUUGUUUCCCUCGUUCCUUCUUCUGUGGUUCAAGUUAUCGUCGCUGCAGGUUUGUGACCAUUACAAAGUUAACCUUCAGAACUGGUACUUAACUACAGCCAACAGACCAACAAACAGAAGGUGGACCCGGGGCUCCCCUCUUCCCUUACCCUCAUUUCCUUCUCUCCUUACCCCUCCACCAAAGCUCUCCCCCUUUCCAGCCGGAUUCCCCUCUUCCUGUUGAAGCUUCGAUGAGAUUAAAGCUGCUAUGUGACUGCCAGCAUUGACAGAAUAUAUGUCUUUCCUGUCUCUGUCCCUCUGUCUGUUUGUCUUCCCGUCUGUGUCUUUGUGUCUGUCCGCCCUUCCAUGGGCGUCUUCGUUGGGGACCGAAUUGAGCUGCUGACAGGAGCAUUCUGGGAGUUUGUGGGGCCCCGCCCACAGCUCUGGUUGAGGGCUUUAUUGAGAAACAACAAAAGGAAUAAAAAAUACGAUUUUAGUAGUUUAUAAUUUAAUCCGUUUUGUUUUCACACAAAAAAAAAGUGUUGAAGCAGCUUCUGUUGUGCUGAGAGAGAGCUGCCGUUUUUAUUGCUGUGGGCAAAGCCUUAUCUUCUUGAUGACAAACCAACACAUUGUGUGGAGGAUGGCAUAUGGAACAUGCAUUUUUACUGUAUUGAAAUAUUUUACAUGACGCAAGUAUCCUGACAAUAAAAGUGGUAAUGUUGACAUUG